CACGGGUUCAUGAGCGUGAACGCGCCUGACUCCAGACUCGCUCUCGACAUGUUUCAUCUUUAGCUCUGAUUGGCCGAGAGGAUGACAACCAGGAGGGCGGAUCUGUUACGCAUGCGCAGUGGAGUAGUGUGGGGGAGCAUGUUUAGAAAGUUUGAGGGAAGUGAAGCAAGAUUCAGGGAAGAUUUCAAGUCACACAGAAAUAUUCUUUGUUUUCUGCUGGAGGACUCAUCAGCGCAGCGACAGACGGACAGACGGACAGACGGAGCAGAGAAGCUCCUACACCCAGGCGGAGACACCGAGCGGUCGCAGCACUCCAAGCCGAGCCAAGGAGCGCCACCGCCGGCAUGAAGAUCGAGUUCGCCCCGCUGAACAUUCCGCUGCGGAGGAGACUGCAGACCGCCGCGGUGCUGCAGUGGGUCUUCUCCUUCCUGGCUUUAGCUCAGUGCUGCCUGGCUGCCUUCGUACUCCUGGCUCUCUCUGAUUGGUGGAUGGUGGCCAUGCUGUACGGUGGUUGGCUGUGGUUGGACUGGGACACGCCCUCCAGUGGGGGUCGGAGGUCACAGUGGGUCAGGACCUGGAGUGUCUGGGACUACUUCAGGGACUACUUCCCUCUAACGCUGGUGAAAACUGUCGAUCUGGAUCCAAAGAAAAACUACAUCUUUGGAUUUCAUCCACAUGGUGUGCUGGUAGCGGGGGGGUUUGGGAACUUCUGUACAGAAGCGACAGGUUUUUCUCGUCUGUUUCCUGGACUGAAGUCGCACCUGCUGAUGCUGCCGUUCUGGUUCAGAGUCCCUCUCUUCAGAGACUACAUCAUGUGUGGAGGUCUGGUGUCGAGCUCUAAGUCCAGCCUGUCGUACCUGGUCAGUCGUCCUGAAGGAGGUAACGUCGCUGUCAUCGCAGUGGGCGGAGCUCCAGAGGCUCUGGAUGCUCGACCGGGGGCUCUAACACUACAGGUCCGAAACAGGAAGGGCUUCAUCAAACUGGCUCUCAAACACGGAGCUCAGCUGGUUCCUGUCUUUUCUUUUGGAGAAAACGAGUUGUUUGACCAGAUGGAGAAUCCCACCGGCUCUCCUCUGAGGAGGCUGCAGAAUCGGCUGCAGAGCAUCAUGGGAGUGGCAAUGCCUCUCUUUCACGCCAGAGGAGUUUUCCAGUACAGCUUUGGACUGAUUCCCUACAGGAAGCCCAUCCACACCGUCGUGGGGAAGCCUAUCUCCAUCGUCCAGACCCCCAGUCCCAGCACUGAGGACAUUGAGGGUGUUCAUAAAGUUUACCUGCAGAGUCUGACUGAACUGUUCGAACAGCACAAACACACCUACGGCCUCGACGAACACCAACACCUCAACUUCAUAUGACCAGUUACAAACACCUGACCUCCUGAUUUUCAGCUCACCCAGUAGUUAAACUGUCAAAGUAAAAAACUGACUGAUUUUUCUAUUGAACAGCACAAUGCUAGCACUGCUAGCUCCCAUUGAUCCUGUUUAUUUGACUGGGAAAAGCUAGCCCUGUGAACAGAGCCCAUUGAUUUCAGUUUGGAAAGGAACAUUUGAAUGGGAAACAUUAUUACUGUUGGUAGAGCACCUUGGCUUGACUGACGAACGCUAGCAUUGCUAGCAGCCCUUAUUGAUGUCAAUGCAGCAUCCUGACAUUAGGUUAGCAGGACUCAAUGAUUUGAAUGGUGAAUGAGCCUAUUGAGUAAAAUUGAUAAUGCUAACAUUUCUAUCAGAGCACAUUCAUUUGACUAAAGGAUGCUAACAUUGGUAGCAAUUUCCAUUGAUUAAAGUGGGUUUCCAUUGGUUUAGAUGUUGCCCUAUGGGUUUUUUAUGUGUUGCUAAUCGUGCUAGCAGGAAACACUGGUUUGAAUAGGGGAUAGUAGCGCAGUUAGCAGUACCCUUUGACCUGACUGUAAAAGGUAAUGCCGCAUUCAAAACCCAUCGGUCUGUCUGAGGAAUACCAACAUUGUUUGAGUUGGAUGUUUUCAGUGAAGAAUGCUAACAAUAUUAGCAGGAUCAAUUGCUUUGACUGAAGAAUACUAACACUGUGUUGAAAGCCCAUUGUUUUGUCUAAGGAGUGCUAACAGUGCUAGCAGGGCCUAUAGUUUCCAUUGUGCCUCUAGGAGUGGUGUGAGGAUGAGUUUUCUGUUUAUCAUAAAUUGACACCAUAUGAUGAUGAUGAUGAUGAUGAUGGAACAGAUGAUCGACAAAGGUCUGGUGUGACAUCAUAGUGACAACAUAAUGACAUUAAAAGAUCCAGAGAU